GCCGGUCUCGGUACAAAGAUUCCCUUUGUCGUCUUAUCUGAUUUAUUUUCUCCCUCGCUUUAGUUUCAGUGGGCUGGCAGCAGGGCUGUUGGAACAAGGACUGUCUUUCUUCCUUUAUCAUCUCUAAUCAUUUCAUUCUUGGUGGAACAAGUGCCGGCUACGAGUUGCUCACAAUGAAGGCAAUCAUUCAGCGUGUGCGUUCUGCAUCCGUGACGGUGGAGAAGCAGCUGGUGUCGUCCAUUGGCCGUGGAGUGUUGGUAUUUGCGGCCGUUGCGCCGGGAGACACAGCAAAAGAAGCCGACUCAUUAGCGACCAAGGUUGUCAGGAUGAAACUCUGGGACGACGAAGACGGGGGCCGGUGGCAAAGAAGUGUCACAGACAUUGAGGGCGAGGUGCUCUGUGUAUCCCAAUUCACUCUGCUGGCAAAGACCAAAAAGGGCACCAGGCCCGAUUUCCAUGGCGCAGCAAACCCCGAACAAGCAAGGCAGCUGUAUCACUACUUUGUCCAGAAGGUAAAGGACCUCUACUUGGCAGAUCGAGUCAAGGAUGGCAAGUUUCAGGCUAUGAUGGAAGUUGCUCUUGUCAACGAUGGGCCGGUUACUUUGGAGCUCCAGGCUGGAGCUCCCGUGUCUGAGCGGUAGAGGCCGAGUGACGCAGACGAUGAGAAUACGAUGCGACGCAUAGAGCGAAUAGAACUGGUGGAAUUGAUGUAUAGAAACAGCCAUAGAUUUAUUUACACUUUAGCAACCCCGGUCUCCAAUAAGCCUCAUUCCGGGUAACCAAUCGCAGACGGUACUUGACUGAGUAUUGGCAAGGAGCGAUUAGAUGGGUAGAUACUUGUGAUUCUUUCAGAACAAGAACAAACAAGAAAAACAGCCCCGUAAUCAGACUGUUGUCAUUACCAUGGUGCUAUCUAUCC